AAAGAGAGAACUAAGAAUAAUUGUAGAAACCAAAAAAAUAGUAAUUGUGCAGAAAUAAUGGCAACUUCAGUUAUGUCUUCUUUAAGCUUAAAACCUUCUUCCUUUAGUGUAGUUGACAAGGCUGCAGGCUUGCCUUCUCUUGCAAGAUCAUCCACUUCCUUCACUGUUCGAGCCAGCGGCGGAAAGAAAAUCAAGACCGAUAAGCCUUAUGGAAUUAACGGAGGAAUGGCAUUAAGAGAUGGUGUCGACUCUUCGGGAAGAAAGGGAAAGGGCAAGGGCGUAUACCAAUUUGUCGACAAAUAUGGUGCCAAUGUGGAUGGCUACAGUCCAAUUUUCAACACUGAUGAUUGGUCACCAAGUGGUGAUGUCUAUGUUGGAGGUACAACUGGUCUUCUGAUCUGGGCUGUUACCUUAGCUGGUCUCCUUGCUGGUGGUGCUCUCCUUGUUUACAACACAAGUGCCUUGGCAUCAUAAAUUCUUAUGUUUAUUUUCAUUAGCCAAAUAAACUAUAAAUAGGACAUGUAAAAUACUUGUGCACUCAUGAUUUGUAAUCUAAUAUUAUGUUUAAUAGGAUUAUAUCCGUGUGCACGUUUGGGAUUUA